AACCACGUCGUUUUAUAUUUCUUAUUGUUUUCUGCAUCACUCUGUCCCCUUUACUCUCCUUUUCUUUUCUGUGGGUAUUCAUAUUCUUCUAUAUAUCCGCCAUAUCCAAAUCCUUCACAUCCUCACACCAUCUUCCCCUGAUUCCACCCUUUACAAAUGCUUCCCAAAUUGGGGAGACCCUUUAGAAUGAAGGAGAGAAAUGGUAAGCUAAGAGAAACUGACAAUAAUCCCAGAAAUUCGAAGGCUGUUGGGUUAGGAAUCCUUGUUCAUCGCUCACCACAACCAAAUCUCCUGCUUAAACACUCCACAAAACUUGCUUCUUCCACUCAAAUCAUUUCCAACAAUUCAUGUUUUCUCAAAACAUGUCUUCUUUGCCACAAGAAUCUGGACCCCCACGAAGAUAUUUACAUGUACAGGGGCGAUCAAGGUUAUUGCAGCAUAAAGUGUAGAAACCAGCAGAUUGAAAAUGAUGAAAGGAGAGAAUUAGAAGAUUCCACCAGGAAAAUACUUGAAUCUUUCAGACAAUGCCAUAAAAAUGAACCAAUUGAAACUCACCUUCUCUUAGAAGAUCUCCAGCGCCAACAUAACCGCCUUCCUGUUUCAUAGUCUUAUUGUCUCUUCCACCUGCUUCAUGUUUCAGAAAAUGUAAAUUAAAAUGGACAUUAGCAUUUAGCAAUAAAAGAAAACAAGAGAAGUUGGAUCUUUGUUGUCUUUGUAUUCAUUGCCAGAUCGAUGCUGUAUCAGAAAAGGAAAAGGGUGUAAGAUUUGAAGCUCUUUUAGAUAAUUUAAUUUUUGGUUGUGAUGAACUGAUGAUUAUGUAAGGCUGAAAAAACAUAUGAAAGAGAUAAGCUGUGAAGGGUUGCUACAAUAGCUGAGCUAAAUGAAGUCAAAUGUUUAUGAAU